CGCGCGCGAGUUACUCGGGCGGCCGGGGGCCGCCAUUUUCCUCCAGCAAGGGAGAGCAGUCCGGAGCGUAGGUAGCGGAGGUCUGUGCGCGUUACUAACGAAUCGGGUCGAAAAUAGUGAAUCGGGAGACGCGAGAGAGUUUCGUUCGCGUACACCGCGAAUCGUGUGCGAUCUACACGUACGUACGGUCGUACGGGAGACCGCAGUGCCAGUAUAUCCGCGCGACACUGUGCCGACUGGCGGCGAUCACCCGGUAGACGGACGCCGCCGCCGCCGCAUACCGUUGUGCAAAACUGAAGCAGAGAGAUAUAUCUCCGAAAAAGACUCGGGAAGACAAUAAACGAUAGGAGGAGCGAAGGGAAGAAGGAGAGAAAAGGAGAGAAGAUAGCGCGCGAGCGCGAAGGAAGGAGAGAGAAAGGGACAAGGAGCAGCAAGCAAGGUAGAGAGAGAGAGAGAGAGAGACACACAUACAUACACACACAGAGUUGAGACAGAAGCAGUGUGAAUUAGUUUGGUGAUCGCAUUGUGGUCGCGCAGUGAAAAUACUCGAUCAGCCAACUUCGGGUGUUACCGACGCCGAACGGGAUAACAAGAGGAGAGUGAGUCGCCUCCGACAGGAGACGGUGUUUAUUGAGCCGUGAUGCAUUGGAGAUUUGGCAGUUCUUGCUCGAAGAUCGACCAGAAGUCAGUGUUGCAAAAGCAGUUUGUGUGACAAAGCCGAAAAAACAAAGGGAGUGCUGAAACAUUGUACUAGUUGGACUAGAAGAGGCACCUCCGCUGCGAGUGUCUUGUUGAUAAAUAGAUACUGUCAUCUUCUACCGUUGUUGGAGGGAGAGUGGCAGGGGGAGGGCAGCGGUCGUAAUUUUUCUUUCUAGUGACACUGAGAGCGCACAGUGAAAACAAUAAAAAUAGGGGGGGCGGUCUGCUGACCGAUGGACAAACGGAAGAUGAUGCCCAAACGCCCUCGUAUGGAGAACUUGAGGGGUCCGAUCGCCAACGGACCGAUUCAGACACGACCACUGGUUGCACUUCUCGAUGGUCGCGAUUGCUCCAUUGAGAUGCCCAUUCUCAAGGAUGUUGCGACUGUUGCCUUUUGUGAUGCGCAGUCUACUUCAGAGAUACAUGAGAAGGUAUUAAAUGAAGCCGUAGGUGCACUGAUGUGGCACACGAUAAUUUUGACAAAGGAGGAUUUGGAAAAGUUCAAGACGCUGCGAAUUAUCGUUCGGAUUGGUUCCGGCGUGGAUAACAUCGAUGUUAAAGCAGCCGGCGAGCUCGGCAUUGCGGUGUGUAAUGUGCCUGGCUAUGGCGUUGAAGAAGUGGCCGAUACAACUCUUUGUCUUAUACUAAAUCUUUAUCGACGCACUUACUGGCUUGCGAAUAUGGUGCGCGAGGGAAAAAAGUUCACAGGACCAGAACAAGUGAGAGAAGCAGCAACUGGUUGCGCAAGGAUACGGGGUGACACACUAGGUAUUGUAGGCCUAGGUAGGAUCGGUUCUGCUGUUGCGUUGCGUGCCAAAGCUUUUGGCUUUACUGUCAUCUUCUAUGAUCCUUAUUUGCCAGACGGCAUCGAGAAAUCGUUAGGUCUCACCAGGGUUUACACAUUACAGGAUUUGCUAUUUCAAUCAGAUUGUGUAUCUCUACACUGUACCUUGAACGAACACAAUCACCAUCUAAUAAACGAAUAUACUAUCAAACAGAUGAGACCUGGAGCAUUUUUAGUCAAUACAGCGCGAGGUGGUCUGGUAGACGACGAUGCGCUUGCUGCAGCGCUCAAACAAGGUCGAAUUCGCGCGGCGGCGUUAGAUGUUCAUGAAAACGAGCCAUACAACGUCUUUCAGGGUCAGUCCGCGAAUCAGUGUCCAUUGAAAGAUGCGCCCAAUUUACUGUGCACCCCACAUGCCGCCUUCUAUAGUGAUGCAAGCUGCACCGAGUUACGCGAGAUGGCCGCGAGCGAGAUACGACGGGCGAUCGUCGGCCGCAUACCCGACUGCCUGCGCAACUGCGUGAACAAGGAAUACUUCCUUUCCUCGACUGGCAGUUACUCCGAGGGCAUCAACGGCGGAUACUAUGCGGGGGCGCUGCCGGUUCAACAGACAGCGCAUUCGACGACUCCUCACGAUACUGCGCCCCCACCCCCGGUGCCUGGUGCCGGCGGUGGCGGAGGUAGCGGCGGGGCCGGUGUUGGAGGGGGCGGGGGCAGCGGAAUCGGCGGGCCCAACUCCUCGUCCUCGUCUGCCGUAACGGUGACGGGGGCCGCGGGCGGCGGGGCCGGCGGCGCGGGAGGUGCGAGCAGCGGGCCCGCAGGGCCGCAGGGCCCCCCCGCUGCGGUCGGCGGCGGCGGACCCCCGUCUGCCGCGGGCGUGGUGGGUGCGGCCGCCGCCGGCGGGCCUGGCGGCGGCGGUCCCGCGGCCGGGGCCCCCACCGCCGGACUGCCCGGUCUACCACACAGCAUAGUGAGCGAGCCCGAUCCCCGGCCGAGCCCGCCCGCCCCGAGCCCCCGUUGACCUUGAAUAAUAUAAUAAUAACGACCCUCUGAUAACGUGAACGAACCACUCAGCCCUUCCCCCAUUAUCUACCUUUUAGCCCCCUUUUUCUGCCCCUUUAUACCCCCGCCCCCAAGUCACACACUAAACUCGAGCUGCAACUACUACAUCAGCACAGCACUACACCACCCUUAAUUUUAUCCCCUUGAUGAUUAGAUUGAAUCAGUUAAUAAGCUAACUGGAAGUAAUUGCUGUUACUUCUUCUCCAGCGAUGGGAAUAAUGAUGGCGAAAGAACGGCCGAUACGACUGCCCCAUAAAAUCUGUCCGCUCCACUUCUUCCGAGAAACUCUAGAGGGAGAUCUGUGCUUGAGAGAGAAUGACAUAAGAAGUAGACGAGAAGAACAGAGAGCAAGAAAGUAUGAAUGGGAGAAAUAGAUGAAUUUUAUUGAAUAUUAGUGCGCGCUCUGGUGUGUAUUAAAGGCUUGAAUAUAAAUUGCUACAUAAAGAUUCGUAGAUCAAUUGAUGUAGAGAUACAUACAUAAACUUUUGCGUAACGAGUUGUACAAAAAUGAUACAAGUUUAUACAUAACUUUACAUAAACUUUUGUAUACAAAUUGGAAUAAAGAUGUAUGUAUACAUAAGUCGUCAAAUUGGGUUAGAUGCUUUUUACCACAAGUUAUCAUAACAUUGACGGAAUAUACGUAGUUAUUAAUAUAACUUGACGAGAAAAAUAGGAUCUUCUAUUAUUAACAUUUUAUCAAAUUAUAAUUAAUAUUAUAUUAUAAUUAGUAAUUAUUCAUUACAAAUUAAUAAUCCAUUAAUGUUAAUAUAUUAAUAUAUUAAUAUAUUAAUAUUAAUAUUUUAAGACCGAUAAAAAUAUAUUUAUAUUAAUCUUUUUUUGCGAUAUACGAGAAAACUGUUUUGAAAUUACCAAUAAAUACAAAAUUGAAAUGAAAUUUUGACUAUCUUUUCUUCAUUUAUUAUUUUCAUAAUUGUAUAAAAUAAUGUCAUAAAGCAGCAGGAAAUCUUAAAAUUGAACAUAAAAUUAAAUAUUUUUCUAAUUAUUAAUUUAUAUUGCCAAAAAAUAUUUAUACAGUGUUCUCGUAAGGCUUAUAUGAAGUGUAUAAAUAUUUAGUAAAUUCUUAAAGAAUAAUUGAUUAUACACUUUAGAAAUUUCACUUUUAUAUUUCUAACAGCAAAGAUUAAUAUAUAUAUUGAAGUCAAAAUUAAAAAUGGAAUAUAUAUUGAUCAUGUUAUUGAUCAAGGCUCUUAUAUUCAUGCCUUUGCCUAGUUUAUAUAAGUUAGCAGGUUUUAAGGCAUCAGUGCGCACUAAUGCAUUCAAUCAAAUUGAUUAUAAAAAAAGAAAGAGUGAGAAAAAAAUAAAAGAAUGAUAGAAGCAAAAUGUGCGUGUGUAUAUGUGGGGGUAUGUGUGAAACAGAAAAGAAUGAGCGCGCGCGCGCGCUCGAGAAAGAGAGAAAAAGAAUAUGAACGUGAAAGUUGCAGUCUACUUGUGCAUAUAUGUGAUUUUCUGCUCGCAUUUUUACAUUUAUAGAGCCGCACGGAUGGAAUGCAUUUUGAUGUAAUUUUUGCGAUUAAACCAAAUACAGUUGGACAGAGCAUAAUGAUGACAGUAUAAUGAAGACAGUCGGUCUAUCUCGCGAUCUAUCUUCCAGUUUCUGGUAAUUUUAUACAACAUAGAUUUGUUUGGUUUAGCUGCGCUUUUUCUCGCACUUUUUUCCUUUUUACACAAGAAAUUUAGAAAAUAAUAUCUAAAUUUUACAAUAAAUAAAGUUUAAUCAGGUUCUAUAGAAAUACUAUUAAUUAAACAGAAGAGAGAUAAAUAUUAAGAUUUGCAAAUGUAUAUUCGAUACAACACAACACAAUGUAAAAUAUAUUGGGUUGAUUAAUAAAAAAGAAAAAAACUUUCCCAUAUACGCAAAUCUUGCUGAAAUCAUUAAAAAAAUUUUUUUUCUUUGUUGAUUCUAAAUAAAACAAUUCCUAUUUUUAUAUAACUCUGAAUAAGAUAAUUCUAUAUAAAACAUGUAAUAUAUUAAUAUCAAAUUUAAAAAAUUUUUAAAUCAAGAUAUUUUUUUAAAGCAAAAAUGAAUAAAUCUUUUUAUCAAUCUAAAAUAUCCAUGAUACACAUACACACAAAAGUGAAUAAUUAAUGAUUCUGUAUAAUUUAUUGAUUCUAUAGUAGUGAACAUAAUGAAAAUUUGAUGGAAAACAUAUUUUUUUAAAUAUAUAAUAUACAAUAAUAUAUAUGUAUGUACAUUCAACUGUACUAUCAUUAGUACACAUGUAUAAAGAAAUAUUUGUUUUUGUUAUAAUUUAAUUACAUUAAAUUAGUAAUUAAAUAUUUCUAUUUUCUAUUUCUUUUCAAAGAAAAGUAAAGCAGAAAAUAGUUUGCCAUUGAUAUAAUAAUAUCAGAUUGUGAUCAAGAGAAAAAGAUAAUUUACUUUUUGCUAAAUUUUAUUUUUUAAUUUUAUUUUUUUUUCUCAUAGUAGAAAGAAACAAAUCAAAUUUUUAAUCAACCUAAUAUAAUGCAUUUAUAUAUAUAAUUUGUGCGCGCAAGUUGAAUCAACUUGUAAUAAAUAUACUAAAAGAAAGUGAAUGAUGACAUAGUGCAGGAAAAGCGCGAUUGAAACGAACAUACAUGAAAGAAACUUAUUCAUGAAUGAAAGUCAUUGAUAUUUAGAUAAUGAUCUUUAGGAUCAUGAUCUUAAGAAUUAAUAAUAAUUAUAAUUGAAAGGGUUUAGUACGAAUGUUAAGCAAAUUAAGCAGUUCUUCCUUUUUUGUAAAACAAAAAAAAAGAAGGGCUUUAUUCACGAAAAUGAGUGUUGCAAAAAAUAUAAAGUAUUGUACGCGAUAUUAUGUUUAGUUUCAUUGCCGUAUAAAUUUGAUUAUUAUUAUAUGUAGUUGAUAUGUAUUAAUUACUUUCAUCAAGAUACGUCUUUUGAUUUUUAUCUUGUUAGAUAUUAAUGAGCGAUUCUCUUAAUUUCUUAAGCAAUUUCCUUAAUAUUUUUGAUUUAGGAAGAAAUAUCGCAACGUCCUAAUUUCUUAAAAUCGAUUCUUUUCAUUUUUUUGUCUUAUCCUUGAUUGUAUGUCGCGAUACGUCUUACACUAUAAUAUUCCUAUCAUUAUGUUUAUUUCGAAUAGUUGUGUAUCAUAUUGAAUAUUUUACAUCUCAGUAUAUUUGCUUAAUGAAUAAAAAAGAAACGAAAACAAAUUCUUUCCCUGCACAAUUAUUUACCCUAGUUUUAAUAAUUGAAGAGCGCUAAUUAUACAAAUAUUUCGAUAUUCUUACCGAGUCAUUAAAUUUGUCACACUGUAUUUGGAUUCGCACGUGUUGUUUUCGUUUUCAAUUUUUUGAUAAAUAAUUAUAUAACAAUAAUUAUAUAACGAUAAUUCUCUGUGAAAUAUCAAACGAUCCAGCGAUUUUUUAGAAAUAUAAUUUUUUUUUUUUU